CAUAUGCAUUUAUGUAAUGUGUGCCAUGGUCUGGACCCAGCAGUGUUGACAAUAGGCUGAGAAGAAACAACCCUGAAUCGACAACGAGCAACGGAAAACACGACAAAUUCAGGGUGUUGUUUGAGACGUAGAGUUUAACCGGUAACUGGAAUGUUAUAGCGUUAAUCUAAUCGUUGCGUAGAGCCGUGUUUCAUUCUUAUUGGUAGUUUAAGGAUUUUCCAUUUGGAUGGAAAACUGCUUGUGGGUUUGGCUGUUUUAGGCCGAGAUUUUGCUGCUGGGAGAGGCUGUUUGCACCGAGCUGGAGGCAGCCGCACAGUUAGCCUGACAGUUAUCCCGACACAAGACAAGUCUGUGCCACAGUCUUCACUGCAAGCUGUGGAGGAUCAAGGCGAAGUACAACGACGGAAGAAGGUUCCAACCAGUCUUGCUCAGGUCGGGACUCGGGUCAGGACUCGGAACGGUGUGUGUGUCUUCCAGCCCGGUCACUCUGUCAGUGUGUGAGCUGUAGCUAACAUUUGCAUCAUUAGCUCUGUCCCUGUAUUUACAUCCGGGAUGAUGGGUGAUCGCCCAAGUCCGCCCAGCAGGGCUAUGUCCUCGGCACCCACCUCAUCUCCGUCGGUGGACAAAGUGGACGGAUUUUCUCGGAAGUCUGUAAGGAAGGCCAAGCAGAAGCGAUCACAGAGUUCGUCCCAGUUCCGCUCUCAAGGCAAACCCAUCGAGCUCACGCCUUUGCCACUGCUCAAAGACGUUCCAGUAGCAGAGCAGCCGGAACUGUUCUUAAAGAAGCUCCAACAGUGUUGUACUGUCUUUGACUUCAUGGACACGCUGUCGGACCUGAAGAUGAAAGAGUAUAAGCGUUCAACGCUCAACGAGUUGGUGGAUUAUGUGACUAUCAGCCGUGGCUACCUGACAGAGCAGGCCUAUCCAGAAGUUGUCAAAAUGGUGUCUCAUAACAUAUUCCGGACCCUUCCACCCAGUGACAGCAAUGAGUUUGACCCUGAGGAGGAUGAGCCCACACUUGAGGCAUCUUGGCCACAUUUACAGUUGGUUUAUGAGUUCUUCAUUCGGUUCUUGGAGAGUCAGGAAUUCCAGCCCAGCAUUGCCAAAAAGUACAUAGACCAGAAGUUUGUCCUACAGCUUUUGGAGUUGUUUGACAGCGAGGACCCUCGAGAAAGAGACUAUCUGAAGACAGUCUUGCAUAGAAUCUACGGGAAAUUCCUGGGGUUGAGGGCUUUUAUACGAAAACAGAUCAAUAAUAUUUUUUUACGUUUUGUUUAUGAGACGGAGCACUUCAAUGGAGUGGCUGAGUUGCUGGAGAUCUUGGGAAGGUACGUGGAAAUCUGCAGUGAAGGUGGUUCUCUGUAACGUGUACUAAACCCCUACAUCAACCUUUUUUUGACAGAUACUAUCAUUUCAUGUAUGUUUAAUUAUAUGUUGCCUGCUCAACAACAAACCUGCUGAGAAGAAGACUCUGCUAAUUGGCAGUGACCAAAGUCAAAUAUUUGCCACAGGCGACAUCAACUCUUGCCUGAAACUGUUGCCUAAGGAUAAGCCAACACUAAUGUCAUUAGUGCCAACUAGUUUGGUGCGUUGGUCUGUUUGCCAAAACAAUGUCAGAUUCUGUCAUGUUCUCUGGUCCCCUGUCUGAUCUGGCCAGUGAUGACAUAUUUAACCUGAUGCUGUCAUUCAACCGCUGGUUAUCUAGGGCAGUGGUCACCAGCCUUUUUAUUACCGCGGACCGGUCAAGACUUGGAAAUUUUGCUUCGGCC